GUGGUCAUAUGACAGCAGAAAAAUGGCCGCGGUGCAGUGGCGUUCCCGCGGACGCAACUAUGAAGCAGAGCUGCAAAGGUGUCGUCCUGAGGCGGCUCCUGUUGAGUUUGGAGACUACCAUCCUCUCAAACCAAUCAUGGUGACAGACACCAAGACCCGCCGCGGGGCUCGUAAAGGCAGCACCUCCUCCUCUUCCUCCUCCUCUUCCUCCGCUGCCCCGGACCCCCUCAGCUCCAUGCUGGACGGUACCGACCCCCUGUCCAUGUUUGCCGCGGCCUCGGCCACCGAGACUCCAGCCUUGUCACACAGCGCCUCCACAGGGGAUCUUGGGAGGAAGAAGAGAGAGAAAGAGACAGAGGAGGCGGUGGGACCAGACUUUGAGCCCUGGUCAGUGAAGAGAGGAGAGAUUCUGGCCAGGUUUACAACCACCGAAAAACUCUCAAUUAAUCUCUUCAUGGGCUCUGAUAAAGGAAAAGCUCCCAGUCCUGGAUCCUCAGCUGUGUCAGAGAAGGUCCGCACUCGCCUGGAGGAGUUGGAUGAUCUGGAGGAGGGUUCCCAGAGAGAGCUGCUGAACCUCUCCCAGCAGGAUUAUGCCAACCGCAUUGAGGAGCUAAACCAGUCCCUGAAGGAGGCCUGGGCCUCUGAUCAGAAAGUCAAAGCCCUGAAGAUUGUCAUCCAGUGCUCCAAGCUUCUGUCUGACACCUCUGUGAUCCAGUUCUACCCCAGCAAGUUUGUUCUCAUCACUGAUAUCCUCGACACUUUCGGCCGGCUCGUGUACGACAGAAUCUGGACCAUGUGUUCUGACCCACGACCUUUGUCUGAUUCCUUCACAGUUGAUGAUGUGAAUGACACGGCCAAGGAGACGUGCCUCAACUGGUUCUUCAAGAUCGCCUCCAUCAGAGAGCUCCUGCCCAGACUAUAUGUGGAGGCUGCCAUCCUCAAGUGCAAUCGCUUCCUGAACAAAUCUGGCAUUCAGGAGACUCUUCCUCGGUUGACGGCCAUGAUCAGAGGUAUCGGAGACCCUUUGGUGGCUGCGUAUACCAGAGCUUACCUCUGCAGGGUGGGCAUGGAAGUCGCCCCUAACCUGAAAGACAGCCUGAACCGCAACUUCUUCGACCUGCUCGGCUCCUUCCGUCAGAUCAGCAGCGAGAGCGUCCAGAACCAGCUGGUCCAGCAGAGGGUGGAGGUGCCAGAGUACCUGACCCUUUACUCACCCGCCAUCAACUGGAUCCUGCAGUGUAUCGCCUACAGAGCUCCAGAGCCUCUCCUAACAGAGAUGAUGGAAAGAUGCAAGAAGCUGGGGAACAAUGCCUUGCUGCUGAAUUCAGUAAUGAGGGCCUUCAGACCUGACUUUGUAGCGACCAGAGCGACAGACUUCAUCGGUAUGAUUAAAGACUGCGACGAGGCCGGCUUCCCAAAGCAUCUGUUGUUUGGAUCUCUGGGUCGCAGUCUGGCGUGUGCCGACCCUCCAGAAUCCGAGAGGCUGACCAUCCUCAAUGAAGCCUGGAAGGUCAUCACCAAAGUCCGCAGUCCACGGGAUUACAUCAACUGCGCCGAGAUCUGGGUGGAGUUCACCUGCCGACACUUUACAAAACGUGAGAACAACACUGUUAUGGCUGACAUCAUCAAACACAUGACCCCUGAUCGGGCGUUCGAGGACGCCUAUCCUCAGCUGCAGUCGGUCAUCAGGAAGAUCCUCACCUACUUCAACGACUUCUCCGUCCUCUUCUCCAUGGAGCGUUUCCUGCCUUUUCUAGACAUGUUCCAGAAGGACAGUGUUCGGGUGGAGGUCUGCAGAUCCAUCAUGGAGGUCUUCAUCAAACACCAGCUGGAGCCCACCAGAGACCCCGUCAUCCUCAACGCCAUGCUGCAUAUCUGCAAGACCAUGCACGACUCAGUCAACGCUCUCACUCUGGAUGACGAAAAAAGAUCUUUGUCUCUGCUGAUCAUCGGCUUCAUCCGCAUGGUUUGUUUUGGUCGUGACUUCGAGCAGCAGCUGAGCUUCUGCGUGGAGGCCAGAGCCACGUUCUGUAACCUGGAGCCAGUGCUGGUGCAGCUCAUUCACACGGUGAACCAGCUGGCGAUGGAGACCAGGAGGGUGAUGAGAGAGAAUCACUCCAGAAAAACAGCAGCAUUCGUCAGAGCGUGCGCUGCCUACAGUUUCAUCACCAUCCCGUCUCUCAGCAGCAUCUUCAGUCGUCUCAGCCUCUAUCUGCAGUCUGGCCAGGUUGCAUUGGCUAACCAGUGUCUCUCCCAGGCGGAUGCCUUCCUAAAGGCAGCGGUCAGUAUUCUUCCGGACGUUCCUCGCUCCAUCAGCAUUGAGGGGAAACUUCGCUCCUCUGAGAGUUUCCUAAUGGACUUCAUCAACAACUUCCUGGCCACCCUGCUAGUUAUCCCGGACCACCCAGAGCAUGGUGUGCUCUAUCUAGUCCGCGGUCUGCUCAAUAUGGUCCAGGAUUACACCUGGGAGGACAACAGCGACGCCAAGGUGCGGGUCUACGUCAGCGCACUGCCCCUGCUGGCCGCCAUGAGUCAAGAAACCUACCUCUACUCCAUCCCCAAAGUGGAUUCCAAUGAGACACUUUACGGAGGAGACCCCAAGUUUCUAUCAGAGAUCAACAAGCUGUGUGAGACCCUGAUUGGACAGGUCCUGGACCACCUGAAGUCUCUCGGUCGGGACGAGCAUAGCACACGGCGUCAGGGCGCUCUGGCCUUCUCUCUGUUCGGCGUCCUGCUGGCUCACGGUGACCUGAGGAACAACAAGCUGAGCCAGCUGGCCGUCAACCUGUGGAACCUCAGCCACAAACAUGGAUACUGCGACACACGAGUCUCUGUUCGGACUCUGGAGUCCAUCAAACAGCAGGCUGUGCAGCACGACAUGUCUCACCUGUCAGACACGGUCCAGAGACUCACACUGCAGUCCCGCACCUGAACACCUGCCUCAACUACCUUUGUAAAAAAAAACAUUUAAAAAGUUUUCCCAUCCAAGGUCACACUUGUGUAAAUAAAAAAAAAUAUCAGAAAGCACAAAGAAGUAAAAAUGCCUUCAUGUAUUUUGUGUGAGGAGAGGAAUGUGAAGUAUUAAUAGAUAUUACUGCUAAAUAUAACUAGAUAUUCAUUGUUUUUCAUGAUGAAAAAAACACAAUAUUAAUACUUGAAGAAUGAAGUUGUCAAAGGCAGUUCUUGUGUGUCAAUAUUUUUGCCUUUUUCAAGCUUCAAAGUCUGUUGCCCUUGUUCAGUGUGCAGUUCUGAUACUUAACGUCAAAGUAAAAAUAGCUUCCAACACUGCAAAACAAACAUUUAGCCGUGCUAGCAAAGCUAACGUACAACUGAAUCUGCAUCACAAUGGUUCUUUGUAUAACAUGAUGUAAUCACUUAUAAUUUAUAUAAUGGUAUUUUAACAUGCCUUCUUCAUGCAUUUGUAAACCUCAAAGUUUUCUGAUGGAGUAGGUAUGCAUAUGGAGUCAAAUUCAAAUAAACUUUAUUGGCAUGACAGAUCAGAAAUCUAUAUUGCCAAAGCAGUACAGAAGACUAUUUAUCAUUAUUAAUGCCACUUUUACUCAUGUUUGGUCUAUUUUUCAUCAGAAUAAUAUUGACUUUUUCAUGUUAAAAAUGUAAAAAAAAUUACAAUUUUAACACUUUUUUUGGUCCUCACUUGUAUUCCAUACAUUUGUUUUUUUUUAAUGCACUACAUACUGUUCAAUAAAAAGCGGACAGGACGACAUUUGUUUCGAGACAUUCUCAAACUCUUCUCAGUUGUUGUUUUAUUAACUCAAUUAGUGAAUCAUCAAAAAGGAAAAGCACUCCCCUUUUAUCAAAGAAAAAUCAAAUCAAAAAUAACCAAAAAAAAUCAAACAGCUGUGAUGAAGUUCACCGACACACACACACACUCACACACACGCAGGGCUUUGGUCACACACACACACCUUUUAGUUUUUACUGCCAGAUUUCUUUAACAAGAAUUCUAACAAAACUGACAUUCAGGUUAGCAAAAAAAACCAAACAAACAAAAUGCCCUCAAGUCUCACAUUUCUUUGUCUAAAUUAAGUUAUGACGAGUAACACUGGAUAAUAAUAGAAACAUAAUUGUGUGACGUGGAGUAGUAGAGCAUGUAUGACUUUAUUUCUCUUUGGAAAUCGUUCUUUUAUUGAAGAAGCUGAAAGUCAGUUUGGCCCAUUUUCUCUUCAGAUGGUAGAUGUCAGUGGUCACGUCCUUGUCCAGCAUUUUUAAGACAAAACUGCUAAAGUCAUGAUUCAUUUUUAAAAUAUUUACUUUCAGAGAUUUGGGUGUGAUAACUUUUCUCUGAUGACCGCUGCCAAUAACUCUGACUGUCACAUCACUGCUCUCUCUCUCUCUCUCUGUAUCUGUGACACCAACAUUACUGUACAUAGAUGCAAUCACAGCAGAGCAUGUAAACACACAACUCAACACUACUCUAUCUGUCCUUCUGUAGCACUACUACAAUGAGUCAGUCAGUCUGUUCAUAGCCCAUAUUAAAUCAAUCAAUAUUUACAUGAAUCAAUAACCUGUGACAUCAUUUUAAAACAGACAAUUACCAUUAAAUGGAGUUUUGUUGUUGGUUGUUUUUUAAAUUUUUUUUUUAAAUGCAUUAUUUUAAAUUGUAUUUUUCCCAUAAAUUAGUUGAGUUUUAUACACUAUAUUGAAAGAUUUCACAAUAUAUUGGUUAAUAUUAUUAUUAUUUUACUCUAUUACUAUUGAUUUGUGAUGUCUUAUUUAAUUUUGGCCAUUUUGGUCUUCCAUAGUCCGCACAGAUAAUUACAUAUAAGUACACGACUUUACAUUGGAAGACAUCUGGACCUAGAUUCAUGAUGUUUAAUGAAAAAUCUGCCUUCACAGGAGGGAUUAGACCCUUUAAGAUUAUCUGAAGCACGGUUAGGGCUUAUAUUUAUUUUAUUUUUUAAAUCCUAAAACAGCAGACUGACAAGACCUGAACUGAUCGAAUGUCACAACAAGGACAAAAAGACGCUCAAGAUUGAAAGGUGUGAGAAAAGAAAGCAGUGAAGAGGAACAAGAACUAUGAGUGUAACACUGAUGAACUGCAGCUAUGACUGAGCUGAUGUUAACUUUUUAUCCACCUCCAAGAGGAAUUGUUGACAGAAAUAUGAAAGUCAAACAGGAAAAGAAGCAAAAGUCUAAACUAGAAAUAGUCGUGCAAAACUAGCUGGUAUAGCUAUCAGCAUUAUUCAACAUGCAAAGUAAGAUUCACUCCAGCACACCGGUUUCACAGUGUCUCAUUUUGCUUUCUCAUAAAGAUCACUUUACAAACUUGGAGGGUAACCCCAACUUUGACUUUUUAUUUUUCACAGCGACACGUAGACAGACGCUCAGAGCCGACAACCUGCAAAACACAAACUCAUUGAAUGCUUCAAAUGCUUUGUUGCCAGACAUUUUUUAUGACUUGGUAACUCUAAAGAAAAAAAAAAAAAAAAAGCCAAAA